UAGACAUUCGGUCAUAGCAGCGGUGGAGGGGGGCGCUCGAGCCACGUCGGUGAAACAAAUCAACGCUUGAAGGCAGAUUAUAAAGAGGGUCCCUGCUGCUCAACCAGGAGCAGGAGAUCCUGGGCGAUGUCGACGCCAGAUCCCCCCAUGGGAGGCACCCCUCGCCCAGGUCCUUCCCCUGGCCCGGGUCCCUCCCCUGGGGCCAUGCUGGGCCCCAGCCCUGGUCCCUCCCCAGGCUCCUCUCAUAGUAUGAUGGGCCCCAGCCCGGGCCCCCCUACCUCUGGACACUCCCAGCCAGGGCCCUCUGGAUACGGCCAGGACAGCUUGCACCCUCUGCACAAACCGAUGGAGGGCAUGCACGAGAAGAGCAUGAGUGAGGAGAGCCGCUUCAGUCAGAUGAAGUCACUGUCUAUGAGACAGGGCGGACACAGUGGUAUGGGCCCCCCACCCAGUCCUCUGGACCAGCACUCGCAAGGGUACCACUCUCCGUUAGGCGGCUCUGACCACUCAAGCCCAGUCCCUUCAAAUGGUCCCCCCUCCGGUCCUCUUAUGCCAUCAUCCUCUUCUUCCUCCUCCUCUGGUGGCCCCGGCUCUGCCUCUACACCUUUAGAUGGCCCCAGUGGAGACCAGCACACGCUGGGUCCCAACAACCGCCCCGGCCCUCCAGGUAGCUCCGGCCCAGGCCCUAGCCCUGGACCCAGUCUUGGAUCCAGUGUCUCCAGCCUUGGAUCUGGCCUCGGUUCCGGCCUUGGAUCUGGCCUUGGAUCUGGCCUUGAAUCUGGUGGCCCGAACGGCCCCGGAGGUCCUGGCGGCCCUGGUGGCCCUACUCCCUUCAACCAGAACCAACUGCACCAACUCAGAGCUCAGAUUAUGGCCUAUAAGAUGCUGGCCCGGGGACAGCCCCUGCCAGACCACCUCCAGAUGGCUGUCCAAGGGAAGAGGCCCAUGCCUGGGAUGCAGCAGCAGCAGUCCAUGCCAAGCCUGGCUCCUGGAGUUGGAGGCGGGCCAGGAGGUGGACCAGCAGGACCAGGACCAGGACCAAUGGGCUCAGGCUACAGCAGAGCUCACGGAAUGAUGGGACCCAAUAUGCCUCCGCCAGGCCCAUCAGGGACCCCAGCUGGGAUGCAAGGACAAAACCCUAACGGACCCCCCAAGUCCUGGCCUGAAGGUCCCAUGGUGAAUGCAGCAGCUCCCUCCAACGCUCCCCAAAAGCUGAUCCCCCCUCAGCCCACUGGCCGACCGUCUCCCGCUCCCCCCUCGGUUCCCCCCGCCGCCUCCCCAGUAAUGCCUCCACAGACCCAGUCCCCCGGCCAGCCGGCGCAGCCUACUCCCAUGAUGCCUUACCAUGCCAAGCAGAACCGCAUUACCCCGAUUCAGAAACCCUGCGGCCUCGACCCAGUGGAGAUACUGCAGGAGAGGGAAUACAGGUUACAGGCUCGUAUCACCCAUCGUAUUGCUGAACUGGAGAACCUGCCGGGCUCUCUGGCUGGUGAUUUACGUACCAAAGCUACUAUCGAGCUCAAAGCUCUCCGACUACUUAACUUUCAGAGACAGCUGCGUCAGGAGGUGGUGGUGUGUAUGCGUCGUGACACGGCUCUAGAGACUGCCCUUGAUGCCAAGGCCUACAAGCGAAGCAAGCGCCAGAGUCUGCGAGAAGCCCGCAUUACAGAGAAGCUGGAGAAACAGCAGAAGAUUGAGCAAGAGCGCAAACGCAGGCAGAAACAUCAGGAGUAUCUUAACAGCAUCCUUCAGCAUGCCAAAGACUUUAAAGAGUACCACCGGUCCAUCACAGGCAAAAUUCAGAAAUUGACCAAAGCUGUGGCAACCUACCAUGCCAACACCGAACGGGAGCAGAAGAAAGAGAACGAGCGUAUUGAGAAAGAGAGAAUGAGGAGGCUUAUGGCGGAGGAUGAGGAGGGCUACCGUAAGCUGAUCGACCAGAAGAAGGACAAGCGUCUGGCCUACCUCCUGCAGCAAACUGAUGAGUACGUCGCCAACCUCACUGAGCUGGUCAGAGCUCACAAAGCUGCACAGGCGCUCAAGGAGAAGAAGAAGAAGAAGAAAAAAAAGAAGAAGUUGGAGAGCGCUGAGGGACAGACUCCUGCCUUGGGGCCUGAUGGAGAGCCUUUGGAUGAGACAAGUCAGAUGAGUGACCUGCCUGUGAAGGUCAUCCAUGUGGACAGUGGAAACAUCCUGACAGGGGUGGACGCUCCUAAAGCUGGACAGCUGGAGACCUGGCUGGAGAUGAACCCUGGUUAUGAGGUGGCUCCCCGCUCAGACAGUGAAGACAGCGAAGAGGAAGAAGAGGAGGAGGUGCGUUGUUUUGAGGAAGAAGAGGAGCCUCAGCCUUCAGCAACUCCAGUAGAGGAAAAGAAGAAGAUUACAGACCCUGACAGUGAAGAUGUGUCAGAGGUGGAUGUCCGACACAUCAUUGAGAAUGCUAAACAGGAUGUGGAUGACGAGUAUAGCGGUGCAGCGUUUGCCCGAGGGCUCCAGUCUUAUUAUGCUGUGGCUCACGCUGUCACAGAGAAGGUGGAGAAACAGUCCAGUUUGUUGAUAAAUGGACAACUCAAACAGUAUCAGAUUAAAGGUCUGGAGUGGCUUGUUUCCCUCUACAACAACAACCUGAAUGGGAUCCUGGCAGAUGAGAUGGGUCUGGGAAAAACCAUUCAGACUAUCGCCCUCAUCACGUACCUCAUGGAGCACAAGCGGCUCAAUGGACCCUACCUCAUCAUUGUACCCCUCUCGACUCUUUCUAAUUGGGUGUAUGAGUUCGACAAAUGGGCACCAACAGUCGUGAAAGUGUCCUACAAGGGGUCUCCUGCUGCCAGAAGAGCCUUUGUUCCACAACUGCGUAGUGGAAAGUUUAACGUUUUACUCACCACGUAUGAAUACAUCAUCAAGGACAAACAAGUACUGGCCAAGAUCCGUUGGAAGUACAUGAUCGUGGACGAGGGCCACCGUAUGAAGAACCACCACUGUAAGCUGACCCAGGUCCUGAACACACACUACCUGGCCCCACGGCGGGUCCUGCUGACAGGGACGCCGCUGCAGAACAAACUGCCUGAGCUCUGGGCGCUGCUCAACUUCCUCCUGCCCACCAUCUUCAAGAGCUGCAGCACCUUUGAGCAAUGGUUCAACGCCCCUUUCGCCAUGACUGGGGAGAAGGUUGACCUUAAUGAAGAGGAAACUAUCUUGAUUAUCCGUCGCCUUCACAAAGUGCUCCGCCCCUUCCUGUUACGCAGAUUAAAGAAGGAAGUGGAGGCACAGCUUCCAGAGAAGGUGGAAUAUGUGAUCAAGUGUGACAUGUCGUCUCUUCAGAGGGUGCUGUACAGACACAUGCAGGCCAAGGGCGUCCUGCUGACUGAUGGAUCAGAGAAAGACAAGAAGGGUAAAGGAGGCACAAAGACGCUGAUGAACACCAUCAUGCAGCUGAGGAAGAUCUGUAACCACCCUUACAUGUUCCAGCAGAUAGAGGAAUCCUUCUCUGAACAUUUAGGAUUCUCGGGUGGAAUAGUCCAGGGUCCUGAUCUGUAUCGGGCAUCAGGAAAGUUUGAGGUGUUGGAUCGAAUCCUUCCCAAGCUGAGAGCCACAAACCAUAAAGUGCUGCUCUUCUGUCAGAUGACCUCACUCAUGACCAUCAUGGAAGACUACUUCGCCUACCGCAACUUUAAGUAUCUGCGUCUGGAUGGCACCACAAAGGCUGAAGACAGAGGAAUGUUACUGAAGACGUUCAAUGACCCAGAGUCAGAGUACUUUAUCUUCCUCCUGAGCACUAGAGCCGGAGGUCUGGGCCUCAACCUGCAGUCAGCAGACACCGUAGUUAUCUUUGACUCUGACUGGAACCCACACCAGGACCUGCAAGCGCAGGACAGAGCCCACCGUAUUGGCCAGCAGAAUGAGGUGCGUGUAUUGCGCCUCUGCACGGUCAACAGUGUUGAGGAGAAAAUCCUGGCCGCUGCUAAAUACAAACUGAACGUGGACCAAAAGGUCAUCCAGGCUGGCAUGUUCGACCAGAAGUCAUCCAGCCACGAGCGCAGGGCCUUCUUGCAGGCCAUCUUGGAGCACGAGGAGCAAGACGAGGUCUGGGGCCAAGACGUAUGUCUACGCAUGAAUGAGGAGGAUGAGGUCCCAGACGACGAGACGGUCAACCAGAUGAUUGCCAGGAGCGAGGAGGAGUUUGACCAGUUUAUGCGUAUGGACCUGGACCGGCGGCGUGAGGAGGCCCGUAACCCGAGGCGUAAACCUCGUCUGAUGGAGGAGGACGAACUGCCCACUUGGAUUAUGAAGGAUGACGCGGAGGUCGAGCGGCUGACCUGCGAGGAGGAGGAGGAGAAAAUGUUUGGACGAGGUUCUCGACAGCGAAAGGAGGUGGACUACAGCGAUUCUCUGACUGAGAAGCAGUGGCUCAAGGCAAUAGAGGAGGGAACACUGGAGGAGAUGGAGGAAGAGGUGCGUCACAAAAAGACGACCCGUAAGAGGAAGAGGGAUCGCGACCUGGACCUCCCGGGCCCCUCGUCUUCCUCGGGGGGACGAGGACGAGGAGACAAAGACGAAGAUGGAAAGAGGCAGAGAAAGAGAGGACGACCGCCUGCUGAGAAACUUUCCCCCAAUCCGCCCGUCCUCACCAAGAAGAUGAAGAAAAUUGUGGACGCUGUCAUCAAGUACAAAGACAGCGCCAGUGGGCGUCAGCUGAGCGAGGUGUUCAUCCAGCUGCCGUCUCGAAAAGAGCUUCCAGAGUACUACGAACUGAUCCGCAAGCCUGUAGACUUCAGGAAGAUCAAGGAGAGGAUCAGAAGUCACCGCUACCGAAGUCUGGGUGACCUGGAGAGAGACGUCAUGCUGCUCUUCCAAAAUGCUCAAACCUUUAACCUGGAGGGAUCACUGCAGAUAUAUGAAGACUCCAUCGUGCUUCAGUCGGUGUUCACCAGUUUGAGGCAGAAGAUCGAGAAGGAGGAAGAAAGCGAGGGGGAGGAGAGUGAGGAAGAGGAGGAGGAGCAGGAGGAAGGCUCAGAGUCGGAAUCUCGUUCUGUCAAAGUAAAGAUCCGUCUGGGCAGGAAGGAGAAAGCUGGAGAUCGAGGGAAAGGACGCAGCAGACGAACAGGACGCACCAGAGCCAAACCGGUAGUUAGUGAUGAUGACUCUGAGGAAGAACAGGAAGAGGAGCGCUCCCCCAGUGCCACUGAUGAAGACUCCUGAACUUUACUGUAACAUGAGAGGAUUCGGGGCAUAAAGCACCACAAACACACAGUAAACAACUCCAUCAACCCUCAGUCCAGUCAGACAGAAACAGAAGGGAGUUAGCAAUAUCGUCGAUUAUACUGUAGCUACACACAUUUUAUUAUUUGUUCAGUCAUAUGAACAUUUACAUAGAAUCAAUACAAGAUGAUUUUAUUUAUUUUUGUUUUGUUUUCUGCUGUGGCCCAGUUUGAAAAAGUCUUAAGACGAAGGAAUCAAAUGAGUGUUUUAUCAGUUGUUAAUUGAACAAACCUGUAAACAGUCUGAUCUGUUUACAUGUAUGAGGAGCAACACCUAAAGGAAUCUGGGAGGAAAGGUUGAGACAGUAAAUGGUUAAUAUUAUGAUAACCAAGAAUAAUAUCAAUAGAAACACAUCAUCUAUCAUGGCAGACGGUCCUCACUGACUAUUUUAAAAAUGUGUUGAAACACAACAAACUUAACAAACAGUGAAGUUACAUUUAGUUUGUCAUUUCUGCACAUUAGAACCCAGAUACUGUAAAUUCCCUGAGACCAAGUGUAAUUUGAAUCUAAUUACAGAGAGAAAGAGGAAAACAGGUUCAAUGAAAGCGUUAGAACUGGCAGGAACCAGUAAAGUGAAGUAAACAAACAGAGACUGUUUUCAGCCCUCUGGACAUGAACAAACCUGAUAUUUCUCCUCUGCUUCAGUGUGCGAUGUGUCGCAACAAGGCGCCGUAACAGUCGGCCGCUGUGGUUACCGAGGUGUGUGUGUGUACAUCACAUAUCUGUGUGAGUAGGAUAUCCAGCCUGUUGCUGUGGGUGUUUCCAGACUUCUCAGAAGCUCUUUAGCAACUCACCACAGUAAUUAGACUGAGGAUUAAUGGAGCUGAAGUCCAGGUCACUCUUUAAUUCAGUGUAUAUGUUACAGUAUAAAACCAACUACUCCACUAUGCUGCUGCUUACCUGUCUCACUUCCAUUAUAAGCACUUAUAACUGUUGAUUGUAGACUUUAAGAAUAAUGAGGUUAUGAUUUUUCAAUGAGUACUGUAACUUUAAUUGCUCGUCCUUCCGAUGUUGUGUGGUAAUUUUAGGAUUUCAAAAUUGUUUGAUGUACUUUUGGCACUUUUUAUGUUUUUUGAUUUCAAGACAAAGGACCAGAGGGACAGCGGCUCUCCUCUGCUUUUGAACGCCUCAUGGCUCUAUGGUGUUGGAUAUACUGUAUAGAGUAUUUUUAGACUAUAAUGUCAAUGCACGUGUGUACAGCUCGCAAGUGCAGCACUGUACUUCUAUCAUUACGGUAGGUAACUAGAGUGAAGAACAUACAACCAAAGCAUCAACGUUUUCUCUCCACUAAGUUAUUGGGAUGUGUCUGUGUUGUGUUUUGUCAUUGCGCUGGAAGUCAAAACGUAACAAUAAAUGACAGUAAAACUGGA